UUCUCUGUCCUCUCGUCGUCAGUUGCACGCGAGAAGUCGAGAGGUGAGGACAUCGCAUCACUGUCUCUAUUUGCCGGCACCACCUCGCUCACUUUCUCCCUCCAACUUCCCUCCGCAGCACAGAACCAUGAGAAGUCGAGGCAGCAUGGAGGUGGUGGUGAUGGUGAUGGUGGUGGUGGUGGUGAUGGUGGGCCGAGUGGACGGAGGGAGGCGUGAAAAACGUUACCUCUAUAUCAACCCAUCAGCCCCAUUCACACUAGGGUUCCUCAUCAACACGCCCAUCUCCCUCGCUUUGCCCACCCUGGCGCCCAAGACUGGUAGGGCUAUGCAAGAUGUGGGGCUGUGGGGCGCGGCGGCGGGGGGGAGGGGCGACGCGGAGGCAGAGAGCAACUUCCGCAGCCAGCACCCCCGCCCCGAGGAGCUGGUGUGGGACCCGGCCUACGUAGAGAACCUGGUGCGCCUCACUGCCUACUUCACACACCUCCAGCUGCCAACUCUGCCCUGCCAAGAGCGUCUAUUAUGCGAGCUGUCCUCCGAGCCUGAAGCCUUUGACCCCAUUAGCCAAAUCUUCUUGAAGGAGCUGAGAAUGCUGUAUGGACCGGUGGACACCUCACAGGAGUCCCUCAUCUGGCGCUACAUGAAGGCUUCAAGGGAAGGCCUUGACGCACCCCUCAGGGACUGCGCAGUCAUCUACUCGACCUGCCCGCUGUCCGCUGAACGCAUCCUCAACAUGCCACUGCUCAGACUGUGGCAGUACGUCGCGUCAAUGCUGAACAUGCAGGUUUUCUAGUUCACCCAUCGCCCUCACUGCCGCUCCCACCACCUCUGCCACCCUCCUCAUGAAUCCGCGGUUAUGAGUGUGUGAACCUGGCUGGACCUGUGUGUGUGUGUGUGUGUGUGUGUGUGUGUGUGUUAAGGAAUGAUGUCUGGUGAUCUGGAUGUAAAAGCUUUUUAUAAAUACAGUGGAACCUCGGGUCACGAACGCCUCUCAUCACGAACAAAUCGAUUGCCGCCGUCUGUUUGUUUACACAGUCGUGCGGUUGCCCGUAGCCACAAUCGUUUUCCAUCCGUACGAAUGGAACCAACGGUUGGGCGUACGAGUAACCAAGGUCUUCUUUGGACCUUGCGAGUAACCAUGGUUACCGUAGCCCCAACGGAAGGAGGAAAACGGAAUGUGACACCGCCUAUUGAGCUGUCAGCUCUCCUCCGUACAGUUACGGUAAGACUAAAUUAAGUUUUCGUCUAUAUUUUAUCUGUUUAGUAUUAAAUUCCUCUUUUUUUGUGUUAGACUUAUUGAUUUGGUUUUGUGUUAUAAACUUGUGCACAAAGUACUGUUGUAUAAGUUUAAAGAAGCAAACAUCUGGUGCCCAGGAACGGAUUAAUCCAUUUUACAUUGAUCCCUAUGGGAAAAAUAGCUUCCUUUUACGAACAUUUCGGGUGACGAACGGCCUUUAGGAACGAAUGAAGUUUGUGAACCGAGGUUUCACUGUAUAGACUAUAUAUAGAUGCUAGUAAGUUAUCUGGGGUUAGUUGCAUUCUUCUGAUUGGACAGGACACUUCUUUAUGUAUGCAUGUUUCUGUGUUUAUUAAUGUUAGAAAUCUUGCCUUUAGAAUGCUCAAAAUGGAUUCAGGUUCAUGUCAGCCGCUCACAAAGUCUCCAGGCUCACACAUCAGCGACCAUGUCUCGUUGCUGUACCAAUAAAACACCAUUUUUCGUACACAACAAUCGUCAGAUUUUUUUUUCCUCACAGUCUUCAUGAUCCUUCUCGCCUUUUCAGAAAAAAAUCACAUCAGCACUCCGAGUUCCAUUAGGUAGAAUAUAUUCCUCAGGAUUCCUAGGUUUUAAACUUUCCCAAUUUUGUAUUUUUGUAAUUCUAUACUUUCACGGCUCUUGCCACUAAGUGAGCGAGGCUGCCGGAUUCCCACUUGGCCCCCGGGAAGGGGAUGCAGACUGAGAAUACUUGUGUGGUGACAGGCAAUGCCCGAAGGUGUGAGGGUGAGGCAGCAUUAAGCCUUGUGUCUGACAGUCCAGGACUGGCUCACAGAUCUCUGUUGUUAAUUAACAAUGUGAGGCACAAGAGGCUGACACAAUCUCAUCAUGCUGUUCAUUUAAACAGA